AUGGCACAAUACUUUCCCAUGGAUCAUUCAUUUCCAGAAUCGAUACAGCAGCCCUUCUUGGCAGAUAUGGAUGAUGAUGAUAACCUAAAGGAGGAGCUUAUUGAUCUGCAGGUGAACCAGGGUUGUCAAACAAAAUUUCGCACACUACCGCUGUCAGGUUUCUGGUGUGAUCAGUUGAUAGCAGACCCUGGAUUAGCAAAGGCAGCGCUGGAAACGAUCAUCCCAUUUCCAACUACCUACCUCUGUGAAAAGGCUUUCUCCACCAUGCUCCAAAUCAAAACAACUGCCCGGAACCGACUUCAAAUUGGGUUGGUUCAUGAUAUGAGGGUGGCUCUGGCCAACACAAAGCCUCGAAUUGAGAAACUAGUUGCAUAUAAGCAACAGCAAAAAUCACAUUAA